GAGUUCAAGACACUCAGAAUUAGUUAUGGAAACCAAUUGACGAUGCUAGCUUUGAUGUUUCUUUUGGAAAAGGAACUGACAAGAAAACAGAUCAGAAAGCAAAACAAAAAGAAAUGAUGGAAACUACAGAAAUGUUACUAAGUAAAAUCAGCAACCGAUACAAAGGAAUGGAUGGUGCAAAAAGUACAAGAAAAUUGUGCCAGUUCUUUGCUAACAGGAGCACAUCUUUAAAUAAAUCAGGUUUCAGUGUUUGCAAGAAAAAAAGUCAGAGCAGAAGUUCUAGAAGUUUAAAAACUACUACUUUGCUCAACGUAACUACUGGGCACCUUAUGGACGAUGUCUACAACUUUAAUCUGAGUGGAUCUGAUGAACCUACAGUAAAACUUGGAAUCCAAGAAUUUCAUCUUACCAAACUGGAAGCUAGUACUGAUGUUCCAAAGAAAAAGAACCAUGGAAAUAAAGAGGAAGUUAUAAUCCAAAAGAAGCAAGAUAAGAAGAACAGAACUAAUAAAAACAAGAAGCACCUUUUCAGUGACACAGAUACAGAAUAUAGAGAUGACAAGACAGAUAUUAGCUGGCUAAGAGAAUCGAAUAGAAAACCUAAACUGCAGGUGGUUGACUAUAGCAGACCCAGAAAACAGAAGUCUAAAACGCUGGAUACAAAUAUAUAUUCUGUAUCACCAAGCAUGGGGGAAAUACCUCAACAGAAGAAAAUCAUAAAUGAUAAGGUACCAGUUUCUACCAAUCAAUGUGAUAAUGAUACUGUGGGGAAAGCAGCACCAACCAGAUCAAGACAACCCAGAAAAGCAGCACUAGCCAAAAAACGCUAUAAAGAACUCUCAGAUUCAUCAACUGAAAGAGAAGAGGAAUCAGUACACUUAACUAAGAAAGACAUUUUAAAAGAACGUCCAGAACACAAAAGUAUGAAAAGCAAAGCUGUCGAUCAACCAAAGGUACAACAGUGUGUUGCUUCCAGUGAGGUGACCAAAAUAAAACAGGUACAGCAAGUAAAAAAGUCCACUAAAUCAAAAGAUAAUGUGCCGAAACAACAAAUGGAGUUAUCACCACUGUCUUCGUCUGAGAGCCUACCUUCUUUUGAGACACUGAGAGGCUGCCAGAAGGGAACAAGGGAGGAAUCUCCUGAUCAUAUUUCAGAGAGAAGGUCAUCUUUGUCAUCCUUGCUUCACACACCUGAAAAGGAGGAAUCCUUGAGCAAUAUCAAAAAUGUGUCUGCUCUAGUGAAACUGGAUAAGUUAAUGCAGCUUCCUGAAAAGGACCAAACACAGAUGUUUGAAUCUGAAGACUUGUCACCUGUUUUAAGUCCAGUUCCUUCGCUGAAGCUUAGUCCCUCCACUACAAAAAGAAAAGGCACCAGUGUCCAAAAAGCAGAUGUAGCAGACAAAUAUGGAACUAGCAUACAAAAUUACUCUUUAAACAGAUCAUCUGAUAUAGAACUGAAAGAUCUUUCUGAAAACCUUGUGAAAAAUGGAAAAGAGGGUUCUGUAUCUCCAUCUCAAUUAUCCACGCCUAACAAAAGUGAGGAAGAACUAUGGCAUGCGGAACCUCUUACUAACACACAUAAAUCUGGACCUACAAUACAUACUAAUUUCAAACGAUUGUACCAGGAGGAUACUGAAAGUGAUUCUGAUGAAGAAGGAGUUAAAAGAGAGGGAAGAAAAAGAAAGCUGCUCCCUAGAAAGUUAUUUAAAGCAGAUAGUAGCACUUGUAAAGUUUCUGAGAGCAUGUCUCCUUUGUCCAUCAAUGAUGCGUCUACAUUUGAUGGAGAAAUCUGGGGUGCUGACAGUUCAGGUGUAGGGAUGAUGUGUCAGAAGGUUUGCAAGGAGUUUGCCAGGAAAACACAGAGCCGCUCAAAGAGAAUGGACAAUUUUACAAAGCAGUCAUUGAAAACAACUCACCAGCAUUUGGAUGCAAUGAGUAGUGAGUUACAUAAGUGCAGGACCAAACAGCUGGAACAUCUUCAUUCCUGUCUCAUGAAAGAGCUUGAAUGUUUUGAAAAAGAUUCACAGGCCUUGAGAAAUAUGGAGAAAGACUUCUCAAACUUUUCAAAGAAGCAUUUUGAAACAUUUACUACCUACAAGAAAAAUGAGCAACAGAGGUUUCAGAAUCUUAAAACUUCAUUCGAAAAGAACAUGUACCAUACUGCUGACGUUGAGGAAAGCAUUUUUACAUCUGAGAUGCAGCUAAUGAAAGAUGACAUGAAGGGGCUCCAAGAAAAAUUCCUUAAGGAAAUGCAUGAAGAAGAAUUGCUUAAUGUUCGCAAAGGACUACAGUCACUCUUUAUGGUAGAAGAUAAAAACUUCUAACAUGGUUUAUGAUGUAAAUGCAACAAGUUAAAAGAGACAACAUGUUUGUAUUGCAUUUUGGUAAUGUGAGUGACCCAUCAUUUCUGUAAUGGGGUUUCUACUUGUUGAUUGGAUGUAAUUAUAGACAGCAAACAAUUUACAUGAAAAUGAUAUUUAUCAUAAUUGUAAUUUAUGUAGAUAAAGUAUUUUUAUGUUAAGUGAUGUUUUGCUUUUAAAAGAAAUUGUGUUCUAAAAGGAAUGCCAAUAAUCGAGGGAUUUUUCUAAAAUACAAUGCCCAGCUUAAGUUAGUCAUGAGUUAAUUUAGCUGGAAUGGGGCCAAUUCUUUAAAAUUAGCUGUGAUUAAAUCCUGAUUAACCAAGAA